AUGCUAAGAUAAAACUAGAACCCUCUAAUGGCCCCCCACAUGAUUUAACCUUCAGGAGCUUUUGGGGGUGCUCAGUUUUUCAAUCAACAAGCUUUGCAAAAUCAAGGAUCAACUAAUCCUGGCUAACAUGGCUAGCAUACUUAGUAACCAGGUCUAGGUGGUGGAUUUCAACAAACCAUUGGCGGUUAAAUGAAUCCACUUUUCCACUAAAAUCCUAAUGCUGCUCUCUUUUAGCAGCACUCAUAAAUGUCUUAGGGAGCACCACAAGGUUAAACUGGGUAGCAUUAAUCUUAAAUCGGUGCUGCUUCCCUUCAAAAAACUCAGGUUCCAUCAUCUUUAAUUCCAGGUUAAGUGCAGUAAAACCCCGGAUAACAUCUGAUGGGAGGUCCUCAAGGAGGACUUUUGGGUCAAAUGAGUGGGAUUGGAGGCGCUCAAGGUGGCUAAGGCCCUAACACACUCCUACUCGGAAAUAUGCUUCAAAUGUAAUAGUAAAUGUAGCAACAGUAGUAGAUGAGUUAAUAAUCACAUCAGGGAUUUUCUCAACCCUCCGGUAUAGGAUAGCUACCAUUCAAUCAAAUCGGAUCGCAGUUAGGAGGAGGACAGAACUAAAUUGCUGCUUAUUUAAACAAGUUUUAAGACAUGCAACCUUAAUCAAAUUAGGCAAACACAUAAGAUACAUAAUCUUAAAAAGGGCCCUCCAACUAGGCGCCUAAUCCUUACAACCAUCUUUAAAAUCAGUCGUAAAUCGGAUAGAAUUCUAAUCCAGAGUAAAGUAAUGCAACAUCAUAACAAAAUAUUCAAUAGCAAUAAUAGUUGAGUCACUAAAAUAAUGCUACUAACAUCCAUUAACUAAAUUUUCUUGGCUAACUGUAAUAAACAGGCUCUUAAUAAUAGAAUCCUUCUUAAAUGAACCCAUAACUUUAAUUUUUCAAUUAAGGGUUCCCGAAUUAAGUACAAAACCAGAGUUAAUUUGGAAGUUUAGCAUGCAACUAGAUCAAGAAUCCUGCAAUUUAAUCUCAACCAGGCUAACAAACAUAACAAAAGCCUCAGCAAGUUGGAUAAAACUAAAACUAACUAGUUCAACAAAAUCCCAACCAAAGUAUGAUGCCUCCACAUCUUUAAUAGAAUCAAUAAAAUAUGUAAUAAUUGCCACAACAUACUCCUUAAGGUAGUAUUCAAGGAGGUAUGUCUUAGUAAGUUCCAUCAUUAGGUGGAAACAUUAACAGAUAAGCUUCAUCUUCACAAGGAACAGGGCUUGCUGGUGCUGCAAUGUAGGCAGAGAAAAAUCUCUAGAUAAACUAGCAAAACCCACCAGCAGGAGGCCUACCAAAUAUUCAUGGUGGGGCUUCCCAAUAGCCCAGUUAAAAUCCAUAAAUGAUGAACGUAGCAAAUCUGAAUAAAUUAGCUGAGUAUUGUGCUACAAAUGGAGAAUAUCAUCAUGCUAUUGAAUACUAUCUCUAGCUUACAAUUUUGGAUCCAGAUAACGGUCCUGCUUGGACAGCACUUGGUCAUUGCUAUUUACUUAUUGAGGAUUUGCAAAAAUCAUUUAAUGCAUAUUAGCAUGCUCUUUACUCUUUAGAAGAUAUUAAAGAUCCUUAACUUUGGUAUGGAAUCGGAAUACUUUAUGAAAAGUUCGAAUCAUAUGACCACGCAAUUAGCGCUUUAAUUGCUGUUUUAAAAAUGUCACCAAACUUUUAUCAAAAGUCUGAAGUGCUCUAUAAACUCGGUAUUAUCUUUGCUAAAACCAAUUAAAUAGAGUAGUCUAUCAGUUAUUUCCAAAAUUCAAUUUUGACAAACACUUUCACAGUUAAAAGAAAGGUUGACACUCUAUUGAAAAUUGGACUUCUUUAUGAAGAGAACAAAGAUUUCACUCAAGCUUAAAGAUCAUAUGAGGCUGCUCUAAAUCAUGAUGAAAACAACUUCAAAAUCUAUUAACAUCUGGCUUGGUCAUACUUCCUAUAAGGAAAUAUUAAUACAGCUGUCGAGUAUGUAAAGAAAGCUGAUAAGAAAAACAAAGGCUAAGCUGAUUCCUAUUAUAUUCUAGGCAGAUGCUAUAUGUGUUUAGAAAAUACAAAGGAUGCACUUGAAAAUUUCUAAUAAGCUGCCUAUAAAAAUCCAGGAGAAGCAGUUUAUUGGGCUACCUUAGCAAUUUUCUAUUAUAAUACUGCAAAUUACACUGAUGCUUUUGAAAAUAUUAUCAAAGCUACCACUUUGAAUCCUUAAAUGAGCGAAAUUUGGUUUAAUCUUGGAGUACUAUAUGAGAAAUGCAGAUAGCCAGAAGAAGCCCUAAUAGCCUACAGUAAAGUAUUGGAAUUAGAUAAUGAUGACUAAGAUGCUUAAAAGAGAAUUAUGACCAUUAAGAACCCAUCCUAUCAAAUUGAACAACAAAAAAAUCAAUUCAAUCUUCAAAUGAAGUAUCCUAAGUUCACUCUCCCAAAUUCUCUUAUGAUUUUAAGAAAAUACAAGAAAUCUAAUCCAAAUCAAAAAGCUGUAACCACAGGAAACGAAUAGCUUACUACUCCUAUGUAAUAACCCAAUUAACUUGGAGGACAGCCAGGUGAUUUAUCUCUUGGUUAAAAUCAAUUAAACAAUAUAGGUUAAUUGCCAGGUGUUGGAAAUAUCCCAGGCACAAAUAACAUGAUAGGUUAGAGAUCACUCCCAAAUUUGAAUAAUCUUAAUGAGAUGAACAAUUAAUAACUGCCAGGAGCUAAUAUUCAAGGUAGUAAUUCGCCAUCAGAAGCAUAAAACAACAUGAUUUAAGCAAAUAAUUAACUUUAAAAUAAACUCAAUUUCCCUUAAAACUAGCAAUAGUAGUUUUAAGGCUAAUAAGCAAAAACUGACGAAAGUUCAUCAUAGCAGAAUACUGCAAAUUUUGGAGGAUUAUCUGCUUUCAAUCCACCUCAAGGAUUCUAGAGCUAAAAACCAGUAGGAGGAAUUCCAAGUGGUCUACCAAACUCAGACAUGGUAAACAAAAUUAGUGAAAUUUAAUCAAUCUUAAAGCCUCCUCCUCAAGGAAGCAAUCAAUCAAAUGGAUUUUAAUCCACAUAAAAUCCUCAAAAUAUGCUAGGUGGCAUUGGUAUUUAAUUACCAGGCAACUUUGGAUAAGGUGCCCCAACAAAUUUGGCCUAAUUAAACCCAGGGCAAUCAACUCCAGGUUUCUAAUAAUUCAACCAAGGAUAAAACAAUCAGCUUCCAGGAGCACUUGGAGGGCUUCCAGGAAUCAAUCAAAAUUAAUAAGUUACAUAAGGAUAGAAUUUACCUCUUCAAAACCCAGUUGAAAUGUUUGGACAAUAUUAAUAGGUAAACCCUUAAUUAAAUCAACAAUUCCCUGGUUUCAAUCAGCCAUAACAGUAAAAUUAAUAAUAAUAGUAACCUCAACAACAAACCUAGGAUAAUAGUCUGCUUAACAUUUAAAAGACAAACUUAAAUCAAAUCCUCGAUAUUCUUCCCAAGAAUGUUAAUCUUAACAGUUUGAGUAGGGAGGAUCUUUUGAUGCUUUUACAAGAGUAGCAAAACAAUUAAAAAGCUAAUGAAGUUUAGGCAAACUAACUUGCAUAAUAAUAGUAACUAUAAAAACAACAAUAAGAGCCCAGUCAUCAAGGUUCUCCGUAAAAUCAAACAUCUAAUGGAGCUUAAAAGCUCUUAGAAGAAUCUAAAGGCGACAAGUCUGCUACUCAAAAUGAUUUUGGUCAAUAGUAACUCUAAUAAACCCAACAACAGGAGCAGUUGGCAUAACUUGCUUAAAUCCAAUAGCAAUAGCAGCUACUUUAAUAGCAGUAGCAAUAAAUUCAGUAAUAAUAGCAAUAGCAGUAGCAACAAUAGUAACAAGCAGCAUAAUAAAAUGGUGCCUUACCUAAUAUAUAACAACUCUAAGAACUGUAGAAUAAUUUCUAGCAGAAACAACCAUUAGAUGAGAGCCAAAAUAUUUUGAAUGAUUUAGUAUCUUAGUAGCAAAAGCUUCUUCAAGGAAGUGUAGGAGUAACAAGCAUUAAUCCAGUUGGAAUGAUUCCAAACACUUAAGGAAAUACUGGCAACCAAAUGCAGAUGCAGGGUGCUUUGCCAAAUCUUCAAAUUUAUCAUUAAUAGCUCCUAGCUUAAAUGCAAUCAAACAACCCCGAGACUUAGAAUAAUCCUCAGAUAUAAUUUGCCCUAUAACAGUUCCAACAGAUGUAAAAUCAGCAAAAUCAACUUAACUAUUAGCAGACUUUAGGCCAACUAGCCUAGUAAUAGUAGCAGCAAAUAUAACAGGAAUCGGAGAAGUAAGAAGAGCCAAAAUAAGAUGCUCCUCUCCAAGUUUUACCUAAUGGAUUAGGCCUUCCAUAAAACUUAAAACUUGAUGUUUAAGCUUAGCUUGUAUACUAAUAAGAGAACAUUAGUAACGGGCUACCUUAGGAAAUUCAAUAACAGUAAAACCUUUAAUAGCCAUUAAUUUCUAAUGAGGACCUGUAAGCUUAGGUUGAACUGUAACAGCAAUAACAGCUUCAAGCUUCAAACAAUCUAUCGAAUGAAGAUGCAAACUAAAAGAUCUCUGAUGAACCAAUAGUGAAAUAAGAAGGAGAGACAAACGGCGAGCUAUAAAAUGCAAUGCCACAAUGA